AUGGGCCCCUAUACCGCCUCCUCAUGCUGCUGCCAGGCCCCUAAUCUGCCAUGGGCCCCUAUACCGCCUCCUCAUGCUGCUGCCAGGCCCCUAAUCUGCCAUGGGCCCCUGUACCGCCUCCUCAUGCUGCUGCCAGGCCCCUAAUCUGCCAUGGGCCCCUAUACCGCCUCCUCAUGCUGCUGCCAGGUCCAGAGUUUCUCAUGGGUCCCUGUACGGCCUCCCAUUGCUGCUGUCUCCAUCGCCACACUCUGCCAUGUGCCACUUUCAGGUCUCCUCACACUGCUGGUGGGUUCCAUUUUGUCAUAGGGUUGCUGUAUGGCCCUCCCAUUGCUGCUGCCUCCACCGCCACACUGUGGCUCCAAACACUGGUUUUGGCCCCGUGACUGCCCAAAUGUGUGAAGUGUGCGGUGAUUCUAAGAUCGACGGCACUCAUCUGCAUGUCAUACUGACUGACAGUAUUAUUUCUCUUCCCCAGCAGACUCCAAGGGCAUUUAAAUUAAAGGUACAGUGUUCUGCACUAAUAUUA